UCUCUCUCUCUCUCUCUCUCUCUCUCUCUCUCACACACACACACACACACACACACGCGCGCGCGCUCACACACACACACACCUUCAGCAGUGAGAAGUUGCGUGAGAGUUUCCGUGGACUUGGUGAGGAUGGCAGAGCAGAAGUGAGAGCAGAUCAUCAGUGGGAUUGAGGAAGAGUUUGAUGUUCUCGGGGAUGAUGGAGGCGCAGAGAUGGAGGCGACAGUGGCUGUGGCAUCGCGGUGUAUCGGUUUUGCUCACGGUAUCGAUGUUCCUGCACAGCGCGUGCGUGAGCGCAGCCGAGCCGGUGGACGUGCUGAAGGUUCUGGACUUCCGCAGUUCUCCGGAGGGAAUAACGAAGACGCAGGGACUGUGUCCUGUCAGGAGAGGAUCCAAACCUGACGUGGCGUACAGAGUGGACAACACAGCGCAGAUCAGCACUGCGACCAAAAAACUCUUUCCAGGUGGAGUAUUUCCUGAAGAUUUUUCCAUCCUCAUGACCAUAAAGCCCAAAGCUGGGACUCAGGCCUUCCUCCUGUCGGUGUAUGAUGAUAAAGGCCUGCAGCAGCUUGGCGUGGAGAUCGGACGCACUCCCAUCUUUCUGUAUGAAGAUCAGCACGGAAAACCAGCGCCGGAAAAUUAUCCCUUAUUCCGAAACAUUAACCUCUCCGAUGGAAAGUGGCACCGUGUGGCCAUCAGCGUGGAGAAGAAGUCCGUCACCAUGAUCGUCGACUGUAAGAAAAAAAUCUCAAAGCCCCUGAACAGAAGUAAUAAACCUGUAAUCAGCACAGACGGCAUCACGGUGUUCGGCACCAGGAUUCUGGACGAGGAGGUGUUUGAGGGAGACGUUCAGCAGCUGCUGUUGGUGGAAGACGCUCGGGCUGCGUAUGAUUAUUGUGAACAUUACAGUCCUGAGUGUGGAACGCCGCAUCAGGAGACGCCACAGGCUCAGGAACCCGAGGAUGAGUACAACACUGAAUAUACAGAUUAUUACGACUACACAGAGGGAGAACUCGGACCUACUGAUGUUCCUGUUGACAACAAGCCCAGCACAGGAGAUGUUGAGUACUUCACCGAGUCAGAGCUGGAUUAUGGCAUCGUGGACAAAUCUGAACCUCAAACCACCACAUCAUCACCUGUUAAAGCUGAGGAAGUGCCGUAUGAGGAGGAAAUUGUGGAUGAUUACAUCACCGGGGUGGAGCAGGUGGGUGUGGACUCAGCUUCUGUACCUGUAGAAACCAAGCCCACAGAGACGGUAGAAGGAGACCACACUUCUCUCAAAGAGUACGACAUGAGCGAGUUCGAGACAAAGGAACUCGACCCAAGUCACUAUGAUGACGGUUUCUACGACUACGGGACCCCAGGACCCGACCUCACCCAGGAGCACGAGGUGGAGAUGCCCGCAGAGACCGGCCAAUCAGAAAGCAGGACUGCUGGUGGUUAUGGAGGUGAGAAAGGACAAAAAGGAGAACCUGCUGUCAUUGAACCGGGAAUGCUAAUCGAAGGACCACAAGGACCACCAGGACCCCCGGGUCUUCCAGGCUCUCCAGGUGUUCAGGGUUCCUCCGGUCUCCGUGGUGAUCCUGGUGAUAAAGGUCCUCCUGGUCGUCCUGGUCUUCCUGGUGGAGAUGGAGCUCCUGGACCCUCAGGAACCGUCCUCAUGUUGCCUUUCCGUGCAGGUGGUGAAGCAUCUAAAGGUCCAGUAGUGACUGCGCAGGAAGCACAGGCUCAGGCUAUCCUGGCUCAGGCUCGGUUGUCUAUGAGGGGUCCACCAGGGCCUGUGGGAUUAGCUGGCAGAGCAGGAGCAAUGGGCAAUCCUGGAUCACCUGGUCUAAAAGGAGAUAGUGGAGAUUCUGGUCCAGCUGGUCCGAGAGGACUGCAGGGUCCCAGAGGGCCUCCAGGAAAGACGGGGAAGAGGGGUCGUUCAGGGACUGAUGGAGCGAGAGGAAUGCCUGGAGAAACAGGGGGAAAGGGAGAUCGAGGCUUCGAUGGGCUCCCGGGUUUACCAGGGGAGAAAGGACACCGGGUGAGACACAAAUACACCUGGACCCCAGGACCUCCUGGAGAUGACGGUCCAAGGGGUGAGGAUGGACAAAUCGGACAGAGAGGACUGCAGGGUGAAGGUGGUCCUAGAGGUUUACUCGGCCCACGAGGAUCUCCAGGAGCUAACGGUCAACGAGGUCUCUCUGGACUGGACGGCCCGCCGGGUCCUAAAGGGAACAUGGGUCCACCAGGAGAAGCAGGACCACCUGGUCAACAGGGAAGCACUGGUCCUCAGGGUUUAAUCGGACCUCAGGGCCCAAUCGGACCUCCUGGAGAAAAAGGUCCUGCUGGAAAACCAGGACUACAGGGUUUAGCUGGAGCUGAUGGUCCUCCUGGUCACCCAGGAAAAGAGGGACCAGCUGGAGACAAAGGAUCUGUUGGUCAUCCAGGACCCAUGGGUUUGAUUGGUUACCCCGGACCUCGCGGAGUCAAAGGAGCUGAAGGUGUUCGUGGGUUAAGAGGUGAUAAAGGAGAAAAGGGUGAAGAUGGUUUUCCCGGGUUUAAAGGUGAUAUGGGACUCCAAGGAGACAAGGGAGAACCGGGAAUCAUUGGGGUGAGAGGAGAAGAUGGACCCGAGGGACCGAAGGGAAAAUCCGGACCAUCUGGAGAAGCUGGACCCAUGGGCCUCGCUGGAGAAAAGGGUAAACUGGGAGUUCCUGGAUUACCUGGAUAUCCUGGGAGACAGGGUCCAAAGGGUUCUUCUGGUUUCGCUGGUUCUGCUGGAGCCAACGGAGAAAAAGGAGCGAGAGGACUCGCUGGUAAAUCCGGGCCGAGAGGACAGCGUGGUCCCACGGGACCUCGUGGGAGUCGAGGUGCGAGAGGACCGACAGGAAAACCAGGAGCCAAGGGUACAUCGGGACAUGAUGGUGCUGCUGGUGGUCCUGGAGAAAGAGGACCUCAAGGCCCUCAGGGGGGCGUCGGGAUGCCAGGACCUAAAGGGCCUAAUGGACCUCCUGGUAAAGACGGACUGCCAGGACACCCAGGACAGCGAGGAGAAACUGGUUUUCAGGGGAAGACGGGUCCCCCAGGCCCUGGAGGAGUCGUGGGUCCACAGGGCCCUACAGGAGAAACCGGACCUGUAGGUGAGCGAGGACACCCUGGAUCCCCAGGACCCCCUGGAGAGCAUGGUCUUCCUGGAGCAGCAGGCAAAGAGGGUGGAAAGGGAGACCCAGGACCUCAGGGUCCUUCCGGAAAGGUCGGUCCUCCUGGUAUCCGAGGAUUUAUGGGACUGCGAGGUCUCCCAGGAACCCCAGGGCCAGGAGGUCUGAAAGGUGGUGAAGGUCCUCCAGGUCCACCAGGUCCAAAUGGAUCUCCAGGUGAGAGAGGAGGUGCUGGACCUGGAGGUCCCAUUGGAGUACCAGGAAGAAACGGACCCCAAGGACUCCCAGGACCCGCUGGAGAGAAAGGUGGCCCGGGUGAAAAAGGUCCCACUGGUCCAGCCGGACGUGAUGGUAUCCAGGGUCCAGUUGGACUUCCAGGACCUGCCGGACCUCAGGGACCACCUGGAGAGGAUGGCGAUAAGGGAGAAGUCGGAGAGCCUGGACAGAAAGGAGGCAAAGGGGACAAGGGAGAAUCAGGUCCUUCUGGUCCAGUUGGUCUUCAGGGUCCAGUUGGCAAUCCAGGUCCUGCUGGCAGUGAUGGUGAAGCUGGUCCACGAGGUCAGCAGGGAAUGUUUGGUCAGAAAGGAGAUGAAGGACCUCGAGGAUUCCCCGGACUGCCAGGACCCGUCGGCCUUCAGGGAUUACCUGGACCUCCAGGUGAGAAGGGAGAGACAGGUGACGUCGGUGCAAUGGGUCCGCCUGGUCCUCCAGGCCCAAGAGGUCCUCAGGGUAACAGCGGGGCAGACGGUGCUCAGGGACCUCCUGGUGGGAUCGGCUCGAUGGGAGGAAAUGGAGAGAAGGGUGAGACAGGCGAAGCAGGAAACCCAGGAUCUCCUGGAGAGACCGGUUCAAUGGGUCCAAAAGGUGAGGUGGGUGAGAAAGGAGAGACUGGACCACCUGGAGCUGCUGGGCCUCCAGGAGCACGCGGACCCCCUGGAGAUGAUGGUCCUAAAGGAAACCCUGGACCUGCUGGAUUUCCUGGAGACCCAGGUCCACCUGGAGAGCCCGGGGUUUCAGGACUCGAUGGUCUUUCUGGAGAUAAAGGAGAGAAUGGAGAAGCUGGUCAGCAGGGACCUCCUGGUCCAUCAGGUGAAGCCGGACCUCCUGGACCUCCAGGAAAAAGGGGUCCAGUCGGACGAGCCGGAACUGAAGGGAAGCAGGGAGAAAAGGGUUCUAAGGGUGAAGCCGGAUCUGAAGGACCAGCCGGUAAAACCGGGCCUGUUGGACCCCAGGGACCUCCUGGAAAGUCUGGAGCUGAGGGUCUGAGAGGAAUCCCUGGGCCUGUGGGUGAACAAGGAUCCGCUGGUGUCGGGGGUAAAGACGGGCCGCCAGGUCCACUGGGCCCUUCUGGUCUCCCUGGGCUGAAAGGUGACCCAGGACUUAAAGGUGAAAAGGGACAUCCUGGUCUGAUUGGUUUGAUUGGACCUCCCGGUGAACCAGGUGAGAAAGGAGACCGAGGUUUACCGGGAUCUCAGGGAACAGCAGGAGGUAAAGGUGAUCCUGGUACUGUCGGGUUCUCGGGUCCUGUUGGUCCUCCUGGUCCUCCUGGUAUUCCUGGAACACAAGGACAGAAAGGAUCUAAAGGAGCGAGUGGUCCAGGAGGUCAGAAAGGAGAACCCGGUCUGAUCGGCCCUCCUGGUUUACCUGGUCCUCCAGGUGACCUGAUCCAGCCGCUCCCCUUCCAAAUGUCCAAGAAGUCAAAGCGUUCCUCAGACGUGCAGGAAGAUGAGGCCAUGAUGGAUUACGGUUUAGAGGGAUUGGAGGGAAUGGAUGAAGUUUACAGCUCACUCAAUAACCUGAAGCUAGACAUCGAGCGUAUGAAGUUCCCUCUGGGCACGCAGGACAAUCCAGCCCGCACCUGUAAAGACCUGCAGAUCAGCCAGCCGGACUUCCCCGACGGUGAAUACUGGAUCGACCCGAACAUGGGCUGUAAAGGGGAUGCCUUUAAGGUCUUAUGUAACUUUACAGCAGGAGGAGAGACGUGUAUCUAUCCUGAUAAGAAGUCCUCAGGGGUCCGGAUCUCCAACUGGCCCAAAGAGUCUCCUGGGACGUGGUUCAGCGAAUUCAAGCGUGGGAAGAUCCUCUCCUACGUGGAUUUGGAGGAGAACUCCAUCACCGGAGUCCAGAUGACCUUCCUCAAGUUGCUGAGUUCUGCAGCGAGACAGAACUUCACCUACAUCUGCCACCAAUCCGUCGCCUGGUUUGACGCAAAAGCUGACAACUACGACAAAGCGUUGCGUUUCCUCGGCUCUAACGACGAAGAAAUGUCACAUGACAACAACCCGUUCAUCAGAACCGUGUACGACGCCUGCGCGCUAAAGACGGGUUACGCUCGGACCGUGCUGGAGAUAAACACUCCUCGUAUCGACCAGGUUCCCAUCAUCGACGUGAUGCUGAAUGACUUCGGAGAUGCCAACCAGAGGUUCGGCUUUGAGGUCGGUCCCGUCUGCUUCCUCGGCUAACAUCUCGUACCUUCAGCUGACUCGUGCUGGGGCGCCUCGAGACAUGUGGACAGCUGACACACACACACACACACACACACACACACACACACACACACGCUGGCCGAUACACACUGUGUUAUCAUCAUGGGAAUGUUCAUCGCCCUUGUGGGGCCGUAAUGAUGAGACUGAGGCCAGCAAUCUUGAGGACCAACAUGAAGAGACGACAUGAACUGGUGAAAACGCUGCACUUUUACACGUCACAAAGAGAAACAGAUUCCUGUGUUUUUAUUCUGUUCUUCCAACACCACUAUUCCCCAGAUUUAAUCCCAAUACCAAAUUCACUUUUAAUACUGCUUUUUAUUUCUAAUUAUAAUCUGAAUUCCUGUUUUUAACUCCACUGUAAUCCCAAAUCCCUCAACUUAAAGUUCCAAUAUUGGAAUUGAUUCCCAAUCUCAGUCCUAAUCUUAAUCCCAGUUCCACUUCCCUUUAUUCCUUAAUUCUUCCUCCAGGUGUUUUUCCAUUUGCUUGUGAUUAUAAAGAAAAUUUCCUUUGGUGCUAUAAAAAGUGCAUUUUUUAAUAUAAAUGUAAUUAUAAUUUUGUACAAUAAUGUUGUUCUGAAUGGACUUUUCUGCAGAAUCGUGCAUGUCCUUCAUCUAUACAGAGAUUCUUCAGUCUAAAUAUCUAUCGAUUAUUUUGUCCUGUUCCAGUGUGAGGAACUUCAGCAUGAAAGCCCUACUGUAAAUACUGACCACUGUCUAGACGGAGGACGUCUAUCCGUCUCGCACGCAUUGUGAAGGAGAACGAUUUUACUCUCAUUCCCACUAUAAUGUGUUUAUUGUGUAAGUGGUAGCGUUAAUGCUGUGGUAAUCAGACGUCUGAUCAUGUGACCCCUAUGAGAUGAGAACAUUUAGAUCAGACCCCUUUUUUUGUUUUUUGUUUUUUGUACCUCAUCUCUAAUUGGAAGGGAAACUUUAUAAACAGUGAAAUUUCUCCACAUUUUGUUCUCGGGAUUUGUGUUUGUGUAUCCGAGUUUCUGAAGUUUUUGAAAAUGAAAUCUGCCUCCAUGCGCUUCGUAUUUAAGCUCCUGUGGUACAAUGUGGUUUCAUUUCAUUUGCUUUCUGUCUUCUGAAUAUUGUUUGCAGAUCUGUUCAUGUCCUCGGUUCCCUUCAAAUACACGACUAUAGGCAUUUAAAAUUGGACACAUUUGUGUACUUUUUUCUUCUAUAAUUUAUGUAAAACUUGGAAUAAAUGAUUGGUACGAUGUA